UCUAAAGUAUCUCACCGAAGCUCUUCAGUCUGUCAGUGAAGUAGAACUUGACAAUGUAAUUGAAAAUGUCAUCGAUGCCGUUGAAAAACAGCCUUUGUCAUGUAAUAUGAUUGAACAAUCCACAGUGGAAGCAGCCAUCCAAGAGUGUAGCCAGGCAUCAGAUGAAACUAUAGAAAAUGUUUUCAACAUUAUUGGAGCCUUCGAUAUUCCACGUUAUAUUUAUAACUCAGAAGGAAAGAAGUUUCUACCUCUGUCAAUGACCAACUUGCCUGCACCAAAUUUGUUUGGAACUGCCAGAGAUAAAGCGGAGCUGUUUCGUGAACGCUACUCCAUCUUACAGCAGAGGACGCAUAGACAUGAGUUGUUUACUCCUUCAGCAGUUGUUGUUCAUCCUGAUGACAGUAGGAGCAAAUUCCAGCUUAAAACUAUAGAAACUCUACUGGGCAAUACAGCUAAAGUGGGAGAAGUGAUUGUGCUCGGGAUGAUAACUCAGCUCAAGGAGGGGAAGUUUUUCCUAGAAGACCCUACAGGAGUUGUCCAGCUAGACCUUAGUAAAGCCCAGUUCCACAGCGGUUUAUAUACUGAAUCAUGCUUUGUUUUGGCAGAAGGUUGGUAUGAAGAUGAAGUUUUUCAUGUGAACGCUUUUGGAUUUCCGCCUACUGAGCCUUCUGCUACCACUAGAGCCUUCUAUGGGAAUGUAAACUUCUUUGGAGGGCCUUCUUCAGUUUCAGUAAAGGCUUCUGCAAAACUAAAGCAGCUGGAGGAUGAAAAUGAAGAUGCCAUGUUUGUAUUUCUUUCGGAUGUAUGGCUGGACCAAGCAGAAGUACUGGAAAAGCUUCACACAAUGUUUUCGGGUUAUUCUUCUGCACCUCCAACCUGCUUUUUCUUUUGUGGAAAUUUUUCAUCUGCACCGUAUGGAAAAAAUCAGAUUCAGUCACUGAAAGGUUCUUUGAAGGCUCUGGCAGAUAUUAUAUGUGAAUAUCCCAGCAUUCAUAAAAGUAGUCGAUUUGUGUUUGUUCCUGGCCCUGAAGACCCUGGUCCUGGUUCUAUUUUACCAAGACCUCCCCUGGCUGAAAAUAUUACUGAGGAAUUCAGACAGCUGGUGCCAUUUUCAGUUUUCACCACAAAUCCUUGCAGGAUUCAAUAUUGCACCCAAGAAAUAAUUAUCUUUCGUGAAGAUUUGGUAAACAAAAUGUGCAGAAACUGUGUCCGCUUCCCUAGCAGCAACAUGGACAUUCCCAACCAUUUUGUAAAGACUAUAUUAUCACAAGGACACCUGACGCCGCUUCCGCUGUACGUCAGCCCUGUGUACUGGGCCUACGACUACUCCCUGAGGGUAUAUCCUGUGCCAGACAUGCUCGUCAUUGCAGACAAAUACGACCCGUUCACUGUCACCAACACUGACUGUCUGUGCAUAAAUCCCGGUUCAUUUCCAAGAAGUGGGUUUUCGUUCAAGGUAUUCUACCCCUCCAACAAGACAGUUGAAGACAGCAAGCUGCAGGGUCUCUGAAUUUCUGCGAGACUGCAACAAGGGAGCGAGCCUUUGUAGAGCCGGCUGUCGCGCUGCUUUUAGGUGGAUUGGUUUUAUGACUGGUUUACAGACUCUUUAUAAUAAAUGUGAAAGCCAAAAAUGGUGUAUUUUGUACACAAAUAAACUUUUACA